AUGGGUAGCCUUUCUCCACGUCAAUCAAAGUAUUGUCUGUGCCGGAUCACUGAUCAGCCAGAAAAAGCUCGCUUGGGCAAUAGUGGCAGCGUUCCCGGCUUGAUGCCAGAGGAUCAUGAUGUUGCACACAUAUUACAGAAGAGAAGUUACAACAACCGAACUCUGUCCAACGAUAUUGCUCUUGUAAAACUGACCCACCCAGUUCAAUAUAAAGACCACAUCAAGCCGAUCUGCAUUUUGUUGCCGCCCCUAGAGGUUGAAGCUAAUGAGUUUAUUGGCACUGGUUGGCGGGUACCCCAGUUUCAGUUCUCAACUCAUGACCUCCGACCCAUAUUUAUGCAGCGGGUGAACAGCUCUGUUUGCACAGAGAAAACAGGAGAAGCGUUGAUCUCCAGCCAGUUCUGCGCUAAGAAUCCUAAUCCUGUGACUAUGGAGGGACCUGCUGGAGGUGCCCUCUACCGGAAGGUAGUCCUUAACGGUGUUGUGCGUGUCAUCCAGUUGGGUAUAGGAAGCUACAAUCAGCACGACUUCGGGGACACACGCAUCUUCACGGACGUCUUAAGCUUUUCCCCGUGGAUUCAGAAAGUUGUGACGAGUAGGGAUCCUAAAUCGCAGGAAUACGGAUAUUAAAAUGUCAUUCCCAUGCCAGUUACUUUGGUAGAAUUAAAUCUAUCC